UGAAAGUCAUCGUGUAGUCGAGCAAACCGGCAGUUGACACCGCCUUUUACUCACUCACUCACUCACUCACUCGAAGGAAGUCAACCAAGUGCUCAUUGGUUAGGUAAAUGAUCCGAUAGUGAAUACGGAAAAUCCUCGUUCGUGGUACGUACGCCAGUCCGAUGCUGAGACGGGUCAUCAAAAAAAACGGGCUGAUAUUAGUGGUGUCCCUUGUCGGCAACACUGACCCACCGGUCAGUCAUUCUUGAGACGCAGUCAAAAAUGCACCAUCAGUCCCAUCAAGUCAGGUUCCAGGAAUCCACCAACCUACCAACCUACCUACCAACCAACCAACCAACGUCGUAGGCUUCAGGUGCUAGGUUAAGAACCAUCCACACCCGAAAAUACUACUUUGCUAUGCAUCCCUCUACACAGUGCACAACACGAGCAUUUAUUCUGGAAGUGGAUGGCAAGGGAUCUGUGGUCUUGAAGUCGUAGAAGUGGAUUGGUGGUGCAUCAUCAGUCAACACCCCUCAAGCAAUCCUAGUAAGUUUGUGCGUUCGUUCCUUCGUUGGUUCGUUGGUUCGUCCGUUCGUUCGUUCAUUCGUUGGUUCGUUGGUUCGUCCGUCGGUUGGUUCUCGUGUGUGUGCGGCGGCGUUCUUCUAAAGGCCUUGGAGGGGGUGAAGUGCAAACACUGAACACUGCUGUCUUUUUGAUCUCCCAACCAACCAACCAACCAACCAACCACCCUCCUAACCAACCACGGACAGAGUGGUGUUGCCCGGUAGUACACUCUCACGGUGGGAUCACAAUGCCUUGAGAUGGAGAGUGUGAAUGGGACCAGCCCCGUGGUUCAUAUCUCCUCGCACGAAAAUGGACACUCGCUUCCCGUGGGAAUUUGGUGUGUCGUGGUGAUCGCCUCCGUUGGCACCAAUUCACGAGGAAUCGAAGGGGUAACCCGAGGAAUCCCAAAGCGGCGGGUGAUUUUCUUGUCCUCUUCCCCUAAGGACACUGAUGAUAUAAACAUAACAACAAUGACCAUUCCUUCGGCCAUAAUUGAACACAUCCCAAGGACGGAGACAAAUUUGGUGACCAACUCGCUUACUUUCAGAAUUCACAUCAUUUGCCCGGAAUGCAUGGUUCCUUUUCAUUAUAUGGUGGAUAAAUGGAUUGGUGGCCAUGGUUUUGUCCAUCCUGUCACGAACUACUUUGCUCGAUGUUGUUUCGGGCGCACGCAGCUUUUUGGAAAACAAAUCAAUGUCUCAGUUAUUGGGGUCACGCCCUACAUUAUAUUUGAUGCUCAGACCGGCCAUCUGGGGGGCAUUGAUAUUGAUCUCUUACGCAUUGUGGCCCAAAAGUUCCAGUUCAAGCCCAAUAUUCGCCCAGAGAAGACUUGGGGAGCUGUGAUUGAUGGCAAAUGGAUUGGCACAGUGGGCAGUGUGCAACAAGGGGCAUCGAGUCUGGGAAUUGGUCACGUGAGCAUCACAUCGGAUCGUUACCAAAUUAUUGACUAUACGGAGCCCACCUAUUUUGUGGAAUACGCCCAACUCAGUCCCAAACCAAAGGUUUUGAAUAAAUAUGCCAACAUUGUAGCUCCUUUUAGCCCCUUGGUCUGGCUGUGUCUCGUGGGUUGCGUGGCCGCCAUGGGCUUGACAAUGUUCAUUCACUUGAAGGGCUAUGACCAAAUGCCAUUCUUCGCGACUCUGAUACGCAAGCCUCAAUCCGCCAUUGAUUACAUGAUUAUUCCCAUGUCGAUGCUGGUGACUCAGGAGCGGAUGAACUGGUUCCAUCAAUUGGACCGUUCCUCAAGUGGCGCCCUCUUGGUGCUUGUAUGGUCCAUGUGUGCACUCACCCUCAACCUGGCGUACUUGUCGAAUCUCAGAGCCUCUUUGAUUGCAGUGGCCUAUGAGAAGCCCAUUGACACAGAUCAACAGAUCGUGGAGAAAGGCGACCCGGUGUAUUUCAUUCGCGGGACUUCUUUGAUUGAUGGCCUGAAAACCUCGCCCCUGACUGUGCACAAUCAGCUCUACGAUUUGGCCACGAAAAAGAACUCAUUCUACGACUUCGACGGAGGCAUCCCCUGGGUGGCUUUGGACCCGGUAGCCGCCAGUGGAACCGGGUUUGUUCUAACCUCAAGACACGCCUACGACAAUGCCAAGAGUCUUUUCGUCCAGCGUUAUGGCGACGAUCCAUUUCAUAUCGCUAAAGAAAACACUCUGACCGUGUAUGCUGGUUUCGUGAUUCCAAAGAACGUUUUGUGGAAAAACAAGCUCAACCAUUUGAUACAAACUCUAACCGAGAGAGGGAUUACGUUGCAUCUGUUUGGCAACUCUGUACCGCUAAGGUUUGAAAACGAAAAGAAAGGGCAAACUAUCAAAUUUCCGGAAUCUCCAAAAGCCCUUGAGAUUCAGACCAUCGUCACGCCUAUGGCAGCUUUAGCCGUUGCGCAUUUUAUGAGCCUUCUGAUCUUCUGGGCAGAAAUGAGAUUUGCUCGACCCAAAGAGACCCGUGUUUCUCAUGGGUCGCCGGCAUGUCUUAGGGGAAAUCAACCAAAACAAUCAUAUCUAGUACAGUACGGUCAUUUGGAACGAACCUCUCGAUGA